UGUGUGUUUUUGCAACUGGACAUCAAGCAGACGCCUCUGGUCUUUUCUCUGAAAUCUACCAUUUUUACACUUAAAAAAAUAGCUUUUCAGAGAGAGAGAGAGAGAGCAUUCUGUGUCUAGAUAAGUUUCUUAUACAAGAAAGAAUUCUGGAGACUUGGCUUUAAGUCAGGGAAUCAGUCUGUUUCUUCUUAGCUCAGCACAGCCGCCAUGAAUCAUUGGAAUUUUGAGGCUGAUGUCCCCUUCUCCAAUCAAAAGAAAGCUAUGGGGCCAGACAAUGAGCUUAUAGAGCUGCUAUGGAGAGACGGACAAGUAGUUUUCAACAGUCAAACACAUAGAAAAUCGAGUACUUUGAUUCAAGAUGAUGAGACUCUCUCAUGCAUCCAAUUUCCACAUGAUGAUUCCUUUGAUAAAGAGUUCUGUUCCAGUUUCUUAUCCGAAUUGACAUAUGCCGAUCCUAUCGAGACUGAUAAAUCAAUCAGGCAAGUCGAUGAUGAAAAUUUUGUUAAGUUUGGUGCUUCUGAUUCUACAAAGGUUAAGCAUCCAGUCGUUUCUGCAUAUACUGGAAAUUCUAUGCCACCUCCGAAAAUUCAAAUCCCCAUUCAAUCGCAGCAUAAUAAUAAUAAUGUAGGAGGUUUUGUAAAGGCCUCUCAUAUAGCAGUGCCGAUCAUGGGUGAGUCGAAUUUACCUAGUGGACAAUUUAGAGGUAAAAUGUCAGGGAAUGUUAAGCAAGGAGAGCUUAGAGAGUGCUCAUUGAUGACACUUGGGUCAAGCCACUGUGGUAGCAACCAAAUUCCAAAUGACCUGGAUACUAGCCGAGCUUCGAGCAAUGGUUUUGGCACUACUGGGUUAUCUGGUGGUUCUUCGAAAUAUGAAGGUAGGAAAGUGGUUUCUCAGAGCGACAAAGGGGAAGCAGAGACACUUGAGCCAGCUGUUACUUCAUCACCAGGUGGAUCGAGUAGUAAUUUAGGGAAAACAGACAAUCAGUCCUCUGGGUUCAGUGAUCACAAGAGGAAGGGCAGAGAUGGCGAAGAAUCAGAGUGCCAAAGCGAGGCCGCUGAGCUUGAAUCUGCUACGGGAAGCAAGUAUGCUCGUAAAUCAAUAUCUGCUCGCAGGAACCGGGCUGCUGAAGUGCAUAAUCUUUCAGAGAGAAGACGAAGGGAUAGGAUCAAUGAGAAAAUGAAGGCAUUGCAAGAGCUCAUACCGAACUGUAACAAAACAGACAAAGCAUCAAUGCUAGACGAGGCCAUUGAAUACUUGAAGUCUCUUCAGUUGCAACUGCAGGUAAUGUGGAUGGCUACCGGAAUGGCCCCAAUGGUUUUUCCAGGAGUUCAGCAUUAUAUGUCGCGUACGAGUAUGGGAAUGGGGUCCCCUCCAUUACCAUCUAUGCAAAAUCCUCUACAUUUGUCUCAUGUUCCACUUGUUGAUCCUCAAUCCAUAUCCAUGGCUCCAGCGCAAAGCCAGGCUAUGAUGUGCCAAACUCCAUUCUUGAAUCCAGUUAACUAUCAACAUCAGAUGCAAAAUCCAUCUUUUCCAGACCAAUAUGCGCAGUUCAUGGCCUCCCACCACUUGCAGACCGCCUCUCAGCCCAUGAAUAUGGUGAGACCUAAUUCCCAACCAGUGCAACAAAGUCAAAUGAUGGCAGCACCUGGAGGCAGCAUUGGACCCUUUAACCGUGGAGCGGCAAAUGGCGACACUUCUCAUGCGGCAAUAUAGGUUAGCCACGAUGCAUUCAUUGUUAUCUGAUACUCAUGGUCCCUAGAUAAGGUAGAAAGACAGGACCAUUGCAACAUUGUUGAAGCCAUUAAGUUGUUCUUGGUGAAUCUUUUGGAUCAUCUUGAAUCUGUCACAGUAUACAAUCACUGCCGCUGAAGACGACGUGUAUCUCUAAUUAUGUUUAUAUAUCCAUGUAAAAGCAUUCAACUUUACCAUAACCCAGUGAUCGAUUCUCGAUUCAAAUGUUAUCCACACUGCCAAGGAUGAAACGAGUAUUAAUCCUGGUGCUUGGCAAAAUAAUGCAGUUUUUGUAGUUGUUUCAUUAUAUAUAAAUGAAUAACCAACUUUUCUUA